CUCCUCCUCUCUCCUCUCCUCUCUUCUUCUCCUCUCCUCUCUUCUCCUCUCCCCUCCUCUUCUCAGUGUUCAUAUGGGUUCAUCUAUGAUGGAGACCAGCUUAAAGUCACCUGUUUUCAGUGUCGCAACAGUUUCUGUGCUCAGUGUAAAAAGCCUUGGGAGUCUCAGCAUGCAGGUCUGUCCUGUGAACAGUACCAGUCAUGGAAGAGAGAGAAUGAUCCAGAGUAUCAGAGACAGGGCCUGGCUGGAUACCUCCGAGACAACGGCAUCACCUGUCCUAACUGUCGCUUUCAGUAUGCGCUGUCUAAAGGAGGCUGCAUGCAUUUCUGCUGCUCACAGUGUCGUUACCAGUUCUGCAGUGGCUGCAACAACCCGUUCCACACUACCUGUGCAGUGGACGAGUGCAGUGUGUCUGGAUUACAUGCCCAUCAUCCCAGAGACUGCCUCUUCUAUCUGAGAGACUGGGAACCUUCCAGACUGCAGGCUUUACUGCAGAACAAUGGAGUGGCCUUUAACACUGAACCCCCUCCUGGAACACAGACAGGUCUAUGUGGAGUGAUAGAGCAGAAGGACGAGGGAGGACAGCAGCCAGAUUCAGCUUGUGGAGCUCAGACCCAACCUGGACAUGCUGGACUCUGCGAGAAGCAUUACCGGGAGUACCUGGUCAGCCUGAUCAACAGCCAUUCAAUCGACCCUGCCCCCCUCUACAGCUCCAGUGAGCUGCUGCUGGCGUGCAGGAGGUACAAGGUGGACGACGCCCGCAGGGACGGAGAGGACGGAGAGGCCGGCUUCACCUACUACAGCAGUCUGCUCCAGAAACUGAUGGAUGAAGUACCGCUUGGCGACAAAGUGCCACGCAAGAAAUAAUGAAUGACUUCCUGUUUCCUGUUGUGAUCAAGUUGAGCUUUCAACUUUAAACUCUGCGACAAGAAGCAACGCGGCAACAGUUUCCUUUAGGUUUUUCCUCUGUAAAUACACGGGAGGGUCAUCUGCAGCUCUGUCUGAGUGCUUUUAAUUAGCUUCAUUUAAACAGUGAGAUAUUUCACAUAUGGUUUAAAUACUGUUGGUUUCAGCUGAGAGGCUUAAUCUAAAUUAAAACUUGUAAAAAAAUGUGAUACAAACGCCACUCCACACCAUCUGGGCCUGUAUCAACAGACUGGCUCUCUUUGAGUCUAACUGUAUUGCAGAUUAUAUUAGACUACAAAGGUGACAAGAUGAAAGCCUAUGAAACAUGCAGCUGCAGUUAGAGACUGACAGAAUAAUCACAACUAGUAUAGGGUAAAUAUAGCAGGAAUAGAAGUUUUAUAUAUCUUACAUUUAGGCUAAAAACUGUGGGUGGUUGUUUUUUUACUAAAUGGAAAGGCUUUUGCAAAUAAAUGCAACACGCAUCAAAAACAGUUCAAAGUAAAUUAAGCAGCUAGAACUAGAGAUGAAAAAUAAUUUUAAAAAUGUAUAAAGUCAACUUGCCUAUAAUGUUGCAUUUAUAAUUUACUAGGAGCUAAUGAAAAAAACGAGCAUAAUCCGUAUCUUGUUACAGUUGUUCUUGAGCUGUGUAUGAAACCCAGAGUGCACAGAUGAUCUCUGACGUCAUUAUCAUGGAAAGCAAAGUGACUCCCGAUGUAUUGAAAUGUCCCUGUUGCUUGUUAAUACUUGUCUCUUUAUUGUAAACUCUGUUAGCUGUGCAGCUGUUAGUGUGAUGUCUCCCGGUUACAAGUUAUCCCAACGAUGGCUGGCUCACCCACUAAUCUCACGCCAAUGAUACAGGCCCCAGGUCUCCUAUUAAACUGUCACACAUGAAAUCCUGUGUUUACUGCACAUUUGUUAUUGUUGUGUUUUAAUUAUUGUGUGUUAAAUGAAAUGCUUUAAUUGUGCAUGUUUAAACUUGACAUGUGAGUAUUGUAUGUAAUCAAUUCAAACAGUAUUUACAGAUGAUUUGUCUUGCAUUCAUUGUUGCCGAUGGGGCGUUGCAGAUGAAGUCCCCGCCUUACAAGGCAGAAAUGCUAAAUUAAGCUAAUUUGAUUUGGUGCUGUGACUGUGAUUAUUAUGCCCAAUUUGCUGAAUGUGAACUUGUGUUGAACAGGUUUGCUGAUAAUAUUAAAACUACUGCUUUUAAAAACUGCUGAGUGUUAUACUUUUGAUAUUUUGUGUGAAAGAACUGAGACAUAAACCAAAAGUGUAAAUGUCCCCCAGAGUGCAUGUGAUGGCCUCUACUGUGCUCCAAAUAAAUGGUUAUGAUAGA